GAACCAAUAACAAUAUUAAAGGCCAUUCCGUAUUUCGCUCCAUAAUAAAUCCAAUCAAACAAAAAAGACACCCAAAAAUUCUACUUUUGCGAGAGAGAAAUAGCGAAGCUCUGGAUUCCACCUCCUCCCGUCCUUGGCGACGGUGUUUUUGCCUCUUCUUUUUCAGCUUGUACCUGACUUGGAUUUAGUUUCCUUUUCAAGACAUGGAACAAGUGUGCUUUUGGUCAAAUUGCUACCUUUUCCGAGUGUUUUUCUUCCAAGAAGUACUCGAUUGGCGGUUCCUUGCCCGUGGAGAUUUUCUUUUGGUUUCCUUUGUCAAUUGCACUUAGUUCUCAGUCUCCUUUUAACACACAACACAGGAGCUGGAAUGCUAGUUUUUUCUGAGAUAGGUGUUGGAUUUUUAGCACAUUUCCGCAAUGAAUUGAUGAUACAACAUCCAGAUGAGGAUUUUGGGAAAAUGCUUUUCAGGUCUGACUCUAUCGAUAGACAGUUUAAAGUUGCAUGCUAAGCUGUAGCAGUUGUAGUUCUAAGUUAGUUUUCUGUUAUUGCUCCUGAUGGGCACUGAUCAGUGAUGAGAUGUUGGUGUUUUGAGCUUUCUGCAACAGUUUCUAUUUAUCCUAGAUGAGUUGACUGCAAUGAAGCUUUUGAACCAAGUAAAGUGUAUCUUGAGCUUUGGAUCAUUCCUGUUUGAUAGAGCACAUCAUUCUGGUUGUGUCCUAUCAGUAUGUUUUGUGGAGUUCAUCUGUUCCUUCCAUUGAUACCUGUUCUCUGCUCGAAGCUGUGGGUUUAGUAACAAAUAAAGCUCUGAAGCCCAUCGACAAUAAAAUUUCUGGUUUUAUAUGCUUUUGCAUCUUGCCAGAGGAAAUUAAUGGUGGAUUUAGCUGACCAGCAGCACAAUUUAUGUUUUUAUAGUUUCUAAUACAAGCAAUCUUCUUCUGAAGAUAUAUCUCAUAUGACUACCGUUGUUUCUUAUACAUCUCUUGAAUAAAGAAAGGGCUACUUUUUGUUCUGCAAGAAUGGAGAGGUACAAGUUACUCAGGGAAGUUGGUGACGGGACAUUUGGUUGUGUGUGGAGAGCUAUUAAUAAGCUGUCUGGUGAAGUUGUUGCAAUUAAGAAAAUGAAGAAGAAAUAUUACUCGUGGGAAGAGUGUGUGAAUCUGAGAGAAGUUAAGUCUCUGAGGAGAAUGAAUCAUCCCAAUAUUGUGAAGCUUAAGGAAGUCAUCAGGGAAAAUAACGUUCUGUACUUUGUGUUUGAAUAUAUGGAAUGCAAUCUUUACCAGCUUAUGAAAGACAGAGAAAAGCAUUUUUCAGAAGUAGAAAUCAGAAAUUGGUGCUUCCAAGUCUUUCAAGGUCUUGCAUACAUACACCAGUGUGGAUAUUUUCAUCGUGACCUAAAGCCAGAGAAUUUGUUGGUUUCUAGAGACAUAAUCAAAAUUGCUGAUUUUGGUCUUGCACGUGAAAUCAGUUCACAUCCUCCAUACACAGAAUAUGUCUCAACACGCUGGUAUCGUGCGCCUGAAAUACUUCUUCAAUCAUACCUGUAUACUUCAAAAGUUGAUAUGUGGGCGAUGGGUGCUAUAAUGGCCGAGUUGUUCACCUUACGUCCUCUUUUUCCUGGUGCCAGUGAAGCAGAUGAAAUCUACAAAAUCUGCAGUGUAUUAGGUACUCCAACUAAGUAUACGUGGUCUGACGGGCUUAACCUUGCAAGAUCUAUAAACUACCAAUUCCAACAGUUCCCUGGUGUGCAUCUGUCUUUGUUGGUACCAUCAGCAAGUGAUGAUGCAAUCAACCUUAUUACAUCUCUCUGUUCAUGGGAUCCUCGCAAAAGGCCAUCGGCUGCCGAGGCCCUUCGACAUCCUUUCUUUCAGAGCUGUUAUUAUGUUCCGCCCUCUCUUCGUCCCAAAGCAGCUGUGUCUGGAACUCCUCCAUCUGUUGGGGUGAAAGGAACAUGGGAACAGCAAUCACCUAGGAGAUUCUCUGGGUUUCUACCUAAUGCAAAGCGCACUGGCAAUCAUUCUACUCUGAAGGCAAAUGCAGCUGUGGGCACAGGUGUGCAACGCAAGCUGGAGAUGGUUAAUCAGGAUCUUAAUAAGAAUGAUAAAUCCUUGAAGAGCUUUGCCAAACAACCAAGGUAUCAACCACCAGGAAGAAAGAGUCCAUUGAUUGGUCCAGUUGCCACAUCCAUCAACAAGGAUAGGAAUGCCAUUGGAGCUUCAGAUGUAGCGGAGAAGUUGGCAAAUGUGACAAUUGGAAAUCGGCGGCUGAAUGUUGGGCAAAUAAGGCACUCUCAUAUAAAGGCUGGGGUUCUGUGGACUGCGGAUUCUAAUGACAUGUUUCUUUUGCCAACCCUACUGAUACUUGAUCACCGGAAAGAAGGUAGCGUGGAAUGAUGAGAUGGUCUUUUUAAUAAUAAUGCAUUUCUUGGGGUAUUAUAUAUCGAUGGAGUCCAAAUAUCGGAAUGAGCAGGAGAGCUUUGGUUUUAUCAUUUAUGUCUUACGUUUGUGUGUUUUCUUAACAAUAACCAUAAUAUGAUACAUGUGUUGUGUUCUGUUACAAAUAAUUGAGAGAGUGGCUUUUGUUUCUAUUGGCCUUUGCUUUGAUAAUGAAGUGCCAGUUUGUCAAUGAA